UUUAAAUCAAAAUUUUGAAAAUCAAAUAUAAUUUUUGUGUUGAGUUUUGGUUUGAAAUUAAGCCAUGAUUUCGAUGUUUAGAUCAAAUCAAUGGCUUUUAAAUGCAAACAAAUGCUUAAAAGUGAAUACAAAAGGCAUUGCAUUGAAAGACAUCGGAAGGAGUUUCACGAAGAAAGUGAUGACAAGAAAUGAUAAUUUGGUCGACAAUCCAAACAUGAAAUCAUUGGUCAAACCAUUUCUCUUCACAGUUGGGUUUAGCGGAACUGUAUAUACGGUGUCUAUUGUCUACAAUUAUGAGAACUCACUCUCAAGACUGCCAUUCAGUAAAUGGAAACGAGAUUUGCAUUCAUUUCAAGACAAUUACGGCAACAGAAAGGCUGGAACUUUGAGGAAUGAAUUGAAUCAGUGGUGGAACUCAAGAACCACUGGAUUUAAAGUAUUUUCAUCGAUCGCUGCCAUCAAUAUAUUGGUAUUCAUUGGUUGGAAAAUACCAAGACUUCAGCACUUUAUGUCCAAACAUUUCAUGACUUAUACCACAAGCAAUGGAUUAAAAUGUUGGCCAAUGCUUUGGUCCACUUUCAGUCACUACUCUCCCACUCAUUUGAUAUUCAAUUUAAUAGUUUUGCAUUCAUUCACUCAACUCGGCGUCAAUGCCUUCGGAACCGAACAGUUCAUCGCUUUGUAUCUAAGCUCAGGUGUAAUCUCUUCUUUCGGGAGUUAUUUGGCAAAAGUAUUGACUAAAAAAAGUGCCGCCUCUUUGGGAGCUUCCGGAGCCAUUCUAGGGAUCCUCUCGUCGUGUUGUAUAGCAAGACCUGAAUUGGAAUUAGUGAUCAUAUUUCUGCCAUUUUUUACCAUUUCUGCGGGAAUGGCAUUGAAAGGCAUUAUACUUAUGGAUAGCGCUGGCCUAGUAUUAGGCUGGAAAUUGUUUGACCAUGGUGCACAUCUGGCCGGCACUUUGUUUGGCAUUUGGUACGCAACCAAUGGACUCAAUGUUAUUUCACAGCACAAACCAAAAUGCGGGUUUUGGUUUCAGGGUUUGGUUCAUACAAAUGCGAAGGGUAUUGAGGCCUGA